GCGAGCAGAAAGAGGUUCGGCUGCGAGAGUGGAGCAAGGCCUAAAUCAAAGGGACUUGUUUCUUCAAGUUCUUCUGGCAGUGAUUCUGACAGUGAGGUUGACAAAAAGUUAAAGAGGAAAAAGCAAGCUACUCCAGAAAAACCUGUGAAGAAGCAAAAGACUGGUGAAACUUCAAGAGCCCUGUCGUCCUCUAAGCAGAGCAACAGCAGAGAUGAUAACAUGUUCCAGUUUGGGAAAAUGAGGUACCUCAGUGUUCGGGACUUUAAAGGGAAAGUCCUAAUUGAUAUUAGAGAAUAUUGGAUGGAUCCAGAAGGUGAAAUGAAACCUGGAAGAAAAGGUAUUUCUUUAAAUCCCGAGCAAUGGAGCCAGCUGAAGGAACAGAUUGCAGACAUUGAUGACGCAGUAAGAAAGCUGUAAAAUCAGAGCCACAUGAAACCUGUACUGUUCUAGUUGUUUUAAUCUGUCUUUUUACAUUGGCUUUUGUUUUCUAAACGUUAAGCUAUUGUAUAUUUGGAUUGCAGAACAAUUUGUAAGAUGAAUACUUUUUUUAUGUGCAUUAUUAAAAGUGUUCUGAGUGAAGCUAAUUGUCAACUUUAUUAAGGAGGAUUGCUUUGUGCCCGCCACCUAGUAUAAAAUAAAAUCAAGUAAUACAGUCUUAACUGUUGUGGCCUUUUUGAUCAAGGGUUGGUACUGUUUAAGGCCAAAAGUAACAGUUUAUAGACCUGUUGGUUUCACCUUGGCUUUUACAUUCAAAGGAUUUGUACUGCAUUGAAUUUAUAAACUCUGACUUGUGAAAUCCAUAGUUGAUCUGUUUUCUUCCAGCCCGAUGUCUAGACUUGUUGGAUUUUUCUACCCCAGUGAUAUUUCACUUUCCCUUUUUUUUUUACUUCAUUUUCCUUUAAUGUCAUGUUCAGUUUUCAUUUCACUUUUUUGUUCUCUUUCUUGAAUAUAUUAUACUAAUUUGGAAAGUCAGUGAAACUGUCAAAAUAUUAGUUAUCUCAAUAAAGUACUUGUAAUUAAAAUAUUAUAUGAGAGUUACAAUCACUAAUUCUACUGUAUUAAAUAUUAGGAGAUAUAGUUUGAUUAAAAAAACAUGACUUGUAUGAAAACUCUGAGCAAGUAAGUGUAUGUUGUUACCUAUAGUGUUCUGUGUAGUUACCUUAUUGCUUAGUCUGCAGAGAAUAAUGACUUCGAUGUCUGAUUUACUUUCACUUAUUAAACAUGUUUACCAUGGGAUGAUGUCUAUAAAAUCAGAUACUGUUAUAUUAGAUUAGGAUUUAAUAAAAAUUGUGAAAG